GUGCGAACACAGCGGUGCACUGCACUCUAUUUUGCAUACGAGUACUUAGCCAAACUCUCCCCCAUCUACUUGACUCGUCUGACCUCAUUUUCCUUGUUACUCCUCAUCUCUAGUAUCUCUCAUACAUCUCGAGCGUGAUUUGCUUCAUUGCAUACGGUCUCGAUAUAUCUCAACACAAUGUCCGAAUUACGAUAUGAUGGCCAGGUCGUCGUGGUAACCGGAGCUGGAGGUGGGCUCGGAAAGGCAUAUGCUCUGUUCUUUGCUUCAAGAGGUGCCAGUGUGGUGGUCAACGACCUGGGAGGAUCGUUCAAGGGAGAAGGGACCUCCUCAAAGGUACGUCCUGGUCUCCGUCUCCAUCCGAUGCUUCUUUCUAACGGGCAAAAACCACAGGCAGCGGAUGUGGUCGUCGACGAGAUCAAAGCCGCUGGCGGCAAAGCUGUAGCCAACUACAACAGUGUCACCGAUGGUGACAAGAUCAUCGAAACCGCCAUUAAAACUUACGGCAGGAUCGAUGUUCUCCUCAACAAUGCUGGUAUCCUCAGAGAUAUCAGCUUUAAGAACAUGUCCGACAAAGACUGGGACUUGAUCAUCGAUGUUCAUGUUAAGGGUUCAUAUAAGUGUGCAAAGGCUGCUUGGCCACACUUCAGGAAACAAAAGUAUGGACGAGUCAUCAACACUGCCUCUGCUGCUGGUCUUUUUGGAAGUUUCGGACAGUGCAAUUACUCUGCAGCCAAAUUGGCCAUGGUUGGUUUCACCGAGACUUUGGCAAAGGAGGGAGCUAAAUAUAACAUCUACGCAAACGUUAUUGCCCCAAUUGGUAAGAUUUCGGACUCCUGUUUUCAGGCCAACUUCUAAUCCGUUAUAGCUGCCAGCAGAAUGACCGAGACUGUCAUGCCACCGGAUGUUCUUGCAAGCCUCAAACCAGACUGGAUUGUUCCACUAGUUGCCUGCCUUGUUCACAAAGAUUCCAAGGAGAACGGAUCUAUCUUCGAAGCUGGAGGCGGACACGUUGCAAAGCUCAGAUGGGAACGUUCCAAUGGAUUGUUGUUAAAGGCAGAUGAUACAUAUACACCAGGUGCUAUUUUGAAGAAGUGGGACAAAGUUAAUGACUUUUCCAAGGACGCUCAAUACCCAACCGGUGUAGCUGAUUUCAUGGGCUUACUUGAGGAAUCCAUGAAGAUGGGUCCUAACGAUAAAGGGGAAACUCUUGAUUUUAAGGGCAAGGUCGCCUUGGUUACUGGUGGUGGCGCUGGGUAAGCAAUUCAAGCUCAAUAACGAAUCGAUGAUAUACUAACUUGGUUUAGAAUUGGCCGUGUCUACUGCUUAGCAUUCGCAAAAUACGGCGCUUCUGUUGUCGUCAAUGAUUUGAUGAACCCAGACGACGUUGUCAAUGAAAUCAAGAAGCUCGGUGGAAAGGCAGUUGGAGUAAAGGCUUCUGCUGAAGAUGGAGAUGCUGUUGUCAAGGGCGCUAUUGACGCCUUUGGCCGAAUCGACAUCAUUGUCAACAAUGCUGGUAUUCUCAGAGACAAAGCAUUCACCAACAUGGAUGAUAAGAUGUGGGAUCAAGUAAUGAACGUUCACUUGAGAGGUACAUACAAGGUCACCAAGGCCGCAUGGCCAUAUUUCCUCAAACAGAAGUAUGGACGUGUUGUCAACACCACCUCAACCAGCGGUAUUUACGGAAACUUUGGGCAAGCAAACUACGCAGCAGCAGUAAGUCCCCUGGUAUAAUUAUAUAACCCAACAAGAAAACUAACCCAAAUAGAAAUGCGGAAUCCUUGGUUUCUCAAGAGCUCUUGCUCGCGAAGGUGCCAAAUACAACAUCUUCGUCAACACGAUCGCUCCAAACGCUGGUACUGCUAUGACAAAGACCAUUUUACCACCAGAGUUGGUAGAGGCUUUCAAGCCAGAUUACGUAGCUCCUUUGGUUGUCGCCCUCUCCUCAGACAAGGUUCCAAAGCCACCAACUGGAAUGCUUUUCGAGGUCGGUAGCGGCUGGGUUGGACGUACAAGAUGGCAAAGAUCUGGAGGACAUGGGUUCCCAAUUGAUGUCACCUUGACACCAGAGGAGGUUGUGAAGAACUGGGCCAAAAUUACCAACUUCGAAGAUGGCAGAGCGGAUAACCCAGAAGACCCACAAGAUGGAUUGAAGAGCAUUAUGGCCAAUAUGCAGAACAAGAAGGGUUCCAGCAAGGUAUGAUCCUUGCCUGUUAUACUUAGCCUUUUGUACCAUUAUAGUCUUACGCCAAAAAAUCAAAGUAAUUAUUAACUUGAAUUUCGUGCCAACAGAAGAGUGUUGAUAGUAAUGUCAACCCCGAGAUUCUUGCAAAUAUAGAAAAAGCAAAGAAGGCACAAAACGCCGGUACUGAGUUCAAGUACGAGGAUAGAGAUGUCAUCCUUUACAAUCUUGGUGUUGGAGCGAAGAAGACUGAUUUGCCACUGGUUUUGUAAGUUGCUUCAGGUCUUGUCUUGUCUUUUCCAAUGCUAAUAAUGGCAUCAGCGAGGGUGACGAGAACUUCCAAUCGCUCCCAACUUUUGGCGUCAUUCCAUUUUUCUCCGCUGAAAUGCCCUACACCUUUGAUGACAUUGUCCCAAAUUUCUCCCCCAUGAUGCUCCUCCACGGCGAGCAAUAUCUUGAGAUUCUUCAAUACCCAGUUCCCACCGCAGCCACCCUUCAUUCACAUGUUAAACUUCUCGAGGUCGUUGACAAAGGUUCUGCGGCUAUCGUGAAGUCUGGGAUCACCACCGUGAACAAGGAGACCGGCAAACCACUUUUCUACAACGAAUCAACAGUCUUCAUUAGAGGAUCCGGUGGUUUCGGAGGACAAAAGAAGCCUCUGGAUCGAGGAGCCAGUACCGCAGCUAACACGCCCCCUAAGCGGGCCGCGGACUGUGUUGUUGAGGAAAAGACUACCGAAGAACAAGCUGUCUUGUACCGUCUUAGCGGUGACUACAAUCCACUCCACGUAGACCCAGCUUUCGCCAAGGUGGGAGGUUUCAAGGUUCCUAUCCUUCACGGCCUCUGCUUCUUUGGUAUUGCUGGAAAAGCCAUCUAUGCCCAAUUCGGCAAGUUCAAGAGUAUCAAGGUUAGAUUUGCUGGAACUGUUCUGCCUGGCCAGACUUUGGUCACGGAGAUGUGGAAGGAAGGCUCAAAGGUCAUCUUCCAGACUAAGGUGAAGGAUACUGGGAAAUUGUGUAUUUCUGGGGGUGCGGUGGAGUUGAUUGAUGAGGGGAAGACUAAGUUGUAGGCUUGUGUAUAGUGGUAUUUUUGUAUUAUAGGGGUUGAAUUUAGUGCUUUUGAA